UCUCUCUCUCUCUCUAUUUCUCUCUCUGUGGAUCUGAUCUUUAAAGCUUAAUGCCACAUGGGUUCCAUUCAAUAUCUAUUCAUGAUCAUUUAAGAGAGAGAGAGAGAGAAGGGGGAAAAAUGGGAAGAACACCUUGCUGUGACAAGAAAGGGUUGAAGAAGGGUCCAUGGACUCCUGAAGAAGAUGAGACCCUCAUUGACUACAUCAACAAGAAUGGCCAUGGCAGCUGGCGUUCUCUUCCUAAGCUUGCUGGUCUUCUUCGAUGUGGAAAGAGUUGCCGCCUUCGGUGGACAAACUAUCUUCGGCCAGAUAUUAAGCGCGGCCCAUUCAGUCCCGACGAGGAAAAGCUGGUUAUACAGCUGCACGGGAUUCUUGGUAACAGGUGGGCUGCAAUUGCCUCUCAACUACCUGGAAGAACAGAUAAUGAGAUCAAGAACUUGUGGAACACUCACUUGAAGAAGCGCCUGCUUUGCAUGGGCAUUGAUCCUCAAACACAUGAACCCUACUCUACCCCUGUUGGGCCACAUGGGAAACCACCUGCAUCCCCUUCCACCCGCCACAUGGCACAAUGGGAGAGUGCUAGGCUUGAAGCCGAAGCUCGGCUUUCACGAGAGUCGUUGCUCUUUAACCCCUCAGGUGUAGGAAGAGCCAGUCCAGACUACUUCCUACAGAUCUGGAAUUCUGAAGUUGGGGACUCAUUUAGGAACUUCCACAAGGGGAAUAAAACUACAUGCCAGAGCCCCGCCUCUCAAGCAUCAUCAUCUGCAAAAUGUGGAUCGGUCUCUGGCAUCACAAUGGAGGUGGGAGUCCCUCUAAUCAGUUCCUCUGCUACCCUAGGCAGUGAAACUGAAGAUAUGGAAUGCAAGAGCAGCAGUCUGUAUGAUGACAAUCUCAUGGCUGGUUCGGAUUGCUCAAGCUCCAAUGAAUUGGAUGAUUCAUCUGACACAGCAUUGCAGCUGCUCUUGGACUUACCGUGCAACAAUGACAUGAGCUUCUUAGAGCACGACGAUAACUAUGCUUUCUUAUCCUGCCAUAUUGGCUGACAGCUCUUCAAGUGCUCAGCCCUUUUAAGGUAUGUUUUAGGCAAAACAUCACUUAGUUUUGGUGUCUCCCACUGCUUGAAUCUGCAGUUGGUCUUUUGGUGUUUCCAGCUGCUAAUGAAGUAGAAAUUGGACCCUAUGUAAUUGGUUUUUACUAUGGAGGUCAGAAUUUUCCCAUAUAUAAAGUAGAUAUGAAUUCUUGUAUCUGUUAUGCAUCAUCAGAUCUGAC